UAUAUGCUGAUUUGACUGUGUCGGCCAUCUUGGAUAAGCUCAGCUGCUGGGGACGAUGUUGUCAAGAAUAGCCUCUCGCUCUGUGCAGGAGCUGCGGCCCAUCUUGGUGGCAGUUCGUCCCACAAGUACAGCUGCAGCUGUAGACAAAACCGAGGAACGGGACGAGGUCAAUUUUCCUCGACGGGUUCGACCCAUUGAGCCCGGUAAAGUACGAAUGGGCUUCAUUCCAGAAGAAUGGUUUCAGUUCCUGUAUCCCAAGACAGGUGUUACUGGUCCUUAUGUGCUUGGUGUAGGACUGGCAACGUUCUUGUGCUCUAAGGAAAUAUAUGUCAUGGAGCAUGAGUACUAUACUGGCCUUUCCAUAUUGCUGAUGAUGGUGUAUUCUGUUAAGAAAUUUGGGCCUCCCCUUGCAAAAUAUUUGGACAAAGAAAUUGAGGAAAUUGAAAGCAGUUGGGUGAACUACCGUGAAGGCAGUAUUGCAAAUAUGAAGACUUCUAUUGAGAAGGAAAAGGAAGCACAGUGGUGUGCACAGGGUGAGAAAAUGCUGUUUGAUGCCAAACGGGAAAAUGUGGCUCUUCAACUAGAGGCUGCAUACAGAGAGAGGCUUGUAUCAGUCUACUCUGAGGUAAAGAAGAGGUUGGAUUACCAGUUGGAGACUGCCAAUGUCAAGACUCGUCUGCAUCAGAAGCACAUGGUGGACUGGAUUGUUAGCAAUGUAAAAUCAUCCAUUACCCCGGCCCAGGAGGCUGCUGCCCUUAAACAGUGCUUUGCUGACCUUAAGGCACUUGCUCCCAAGGCAGCUUGAAUGAUUUAGUUUCCUGUUUUAGAAUUCUUGAUAAGAACUUAGGAAACUAUAAUUUAACAUGAGGAUGCCAUUGGUUCAGUAAUGGCUUAAACUCAUUCCAUUGCUUGCCAGUAUUGUUUGGAACUGCCAGAUCAUAUUUUGCUUGCAAGAACUAGACAAAUGGCAAAACUCAUAAGUGUAAAUGAAAUUUUCUUAUGACAUUGUACAUGUACAGUGUAUGUAAAUAGAGAUGUUCCACAAAUAUAUUUAAAAUAUUUGUGGUGUAAGUUAGAAAUGGUGAUAACAAAUAAACCAAAAUUGUA